AUGGCCACCUCCAAACUACCAAUUCUAGGGCUACCACACCCACUUAUUCUUCUACCAGCGUCGCGUUUCACAAUGCCAGUCUCGAAAGAGAUAGGGGAGACGCUGCUGUCCCUCAUCGAAGAAUCCGACGCCCUGCCUAUCAUUGCUGCGAUCCCAAUCACAAGUCCCUCAACUGCGCCCAGCACCGACCCCCCGCUGGCAGAGUGGGGCACGGCUGCUCGCGUGCUCCGGCUCGUUAAGCCACCAGCUCGGAAUCCUCGGCAACCGUAUCUUGUGUCGCUGCAUGGCCUCACACGAGUCAGGCUGAUCAACAUGUCCCAGAAGAAAUUGACAGGCGAUGAUUUACUGCGUAUGCCCACACACGAUGUGGAAUACCCCCCUACGGAGAAGAUCCCAACACCAGAGGCUGUGGAGAAGUUCAAGCAGAGUGCUCUGCGACUGCUCGAUAGACUGGCGAAGGAUUCCGUACAGCAGUCGAGAAAGGAGGGCUACAACAAAAUCGCGAGCAUGUUGGACGAUAUCGCAGAUGCAAAGACACCAUGGAUGGCGGAUGUGCUAAUCGGGAGCGUAAAUGGUGAAUACAGCGAUAAACUUGCCAUCCUCGGGACUCCCGACGCAGAAGCUCGAUUGGCACUCGCCACAGAAAUAUUCCUCAAACAGGCAUCCAUAUCCGAAGUCACCAAGAAGAUUGCCACCGCCGUCGAUGAAAGUUUGUCGAAGCAGCAAAAAGAGUUUUUCCUGCGUCAGCAGUUGGCGGCUAUUCAGCGGGAAUUGCAUGUGCUUCAGAGGUCGAAUGGUUCUUCAACGGGUCCGUCCCCUCCGAAUACACCCGCUUCUAGUGAUGCUGGAGCUGGUGGAUCGAGCGAAUUGGACGACGACGAACAACAUGAAGCUGAUGAUAUGGCGGAUUUGAAGCGGAAAAUUGAGGCGAUGGAACCUGGGUCCGAGGAGCGCAAGAUGGGUGUCCGCGAAUGGAGAAGGUUGAAAAGAAUACCUGCGGGAAGCGUCGAGAAUGGGGUUAUUCGGUCUUAUCUUGAAUGGCUUACCGCAGUCCCAUGGCCGAAUUCUUCAGUCACACCAUCAAACGAUACCAAUUCUUCAUCUUCUCCCGAAUCUCAGGUGCAACCACAGCUGAAGGACAAGUCAUUCCUGACUUUGGCCCGUAAACAAUUGGACGCCGACCACUUUGGGCUAGAAAAGAUCAAGAAACGGCUCAUUGAAUAUUUGGCCGUGGUCAGACUGAAGGAACUGAACGCUGAAAAAGAAGCUGCUGAAGAACAGAAAUUGGUUCAGGCGACUAUCUCACAGGAGGAGGAAGCUAAAACUAAAUCGGAGACCAGCAAAGAUGUUGUGGUAUACGACAAAGAUGCAGCCCAGCAGAAGCAGGAAAAGCCUCCUGUCGUCGCCACGAAACCGAAAGCAAAUAAGAAGAGCGUUAAAGGGCCCAUUCUUCUUUUUGUCGGGCCUCCUGGUACAGGAAAAACUUCGUUAGGACAAUCCGUCGCCAAAGCUCUGAAUAGGCCAUUCCAGCGUAUCUCACUUGGAGGCGUCAGAGAUGAAGCUGAAAUUAGAGGUCAUCGCCGAACAUAUGUUGCCAGCGGUCCCGGAUUGAUCGUUCAAGCUCUGAGAAAGGCAGGACGAAGUGAUCCUGUGGUACUUUUAGAUGAGAUUGACAAGAUCGGACAAAGCAAUUUCCACGGUGACCCCGGUGCUGCUUUAUUGGAAGUCCUAGAUCCUGAGCAGAACCAUACUUUCAAUGAUCAUUAUAUUAAUGUUCCGAUCGACCUUAGCCAGGUGUUAUUCAUCUGUACGGCCAAUUCUCUCGAAACAAUCUCGGCACCACUUUUGGACCGUUGUGAAAUCAUUCAACUGAGUGGUUACACGUAUGACGAGAAAAUCCACAUCGCCCGACGGUUCCUCCUCCCCAAGCAGCUGAAAGCCAAUGGGCUCGAUGAAUCACAUAUAACAAUCACCGAGCCAGCUCUCCUGCACAUCGCUACGCGUUAUACACGCGAGGCUGGUGUGCGCAGCUUGGAGCGCGCGAUUGGAAGUGUCGUCCGGUACAAAGCUGUGGAAUGGGCCGAGUACUUGGACUCCCUUCCUCAGAAAGAAGAGGAGCCCCAGCUUGCUAGUGCAGACGGUGCAGUUGUCGUCGCGUCUCCACCGAAAGUGUAUGAUAAGGUUGUUGAAGAGCACCAAUUGGAGAAGAUUCUCGGGAUUGCGAGGUGGGAUGGCGAAGAGAGGGAGAGAGAGGAGAGGAGGGGUGUUGUUUAUGGUUUGGUCGUGAUGGGCCAGGGAGAGGGAGGCAUUUUGCCUGUGGAAACUAUCGCUCUUCCUGGCACCGGAAGACUCAAGUUGACCGGUAGCCUGGGUGAUGUGAUCAAAGAGAGCGGAGAACUCGCUCUUAGCUGGGUAAAGACUUACUCCUAUGAUCUCCGAAUCACCAAUACAAGAUCGGAAGAUCCAUUGAAAGUUCCCGAGCCCAUCGACAUCCAUCUUCACCUUCCAGCCGGAGCGACGAAGAAGGAUGGGCCCAGCGCCGGAGUGGCCAUGACGUGCGCAUUUGUGUCUCUAUUGACAGGGGCUUGUGUGCCCACGAACAUUGCUAUGACUGGAGAGAUCACUCUUAGAGGUCGCGUCACACCAGUCGGCGGCAUCAAAGAGAAAGUGUUGGGUGCCCACCGGGCACAAAUCACCAAAGUCAUCCUUCCAUGGGCUAAUCGCAAGGACGUCGAACACGAUGUUGCUCCGGAGAUACGCAAUGAGAUGGAGUUUGUCUUCGUCCGGACAGUUCGCGAGGCCUUGGAGGCUGCUUUCGGGAAGGGCGUUUUGGGAUGGAGACGGGAUACCGUCCUGCUCGAAAGUCGCCUCUAG